AUUGGUACUCCAUCCAUCACAUCCCAAUUCCAAUUAGUGGCAAUAGUUAAUUAUUAUACCAAAUUCCAAAGUAAAAUAAUGAUGGCGCUUCCCAGCAGCAGCUUGCUCGGGUUUUUGUUUGCAGCGGCCGCCGCCGCCUGUGCGGCGAGGGCGCAGAAUGCGACGUGGGGCACCGAGGACAGCGCUAUAAUGGAGCAGCUGAGAGCAAGCGUGAAGUGGUUGCCGGGGGUCCAACCCGAUCCAGUGAAUGCCUCGUCCGGUCCCUGCAACUGGACCAGUGAUCUCGUGACCUGCGAUGAAGAAGGCAGGGUUUAUACGAUAACGCUGGGGAAUAUUGAUAUUAGCGGCGGCACUGUGCCUCCCACCAACCAAAACGACCUCCCCAACUUAGGCUACUUCGACGUCCCCCACUGCAACCUUGAAGGCGUGAUUCCCAACUUUACCGGCUCGCCGCAGCUCCAUUCACUGGUGGUUGGCGAAAACGGGUUCAGCUCGAUCGCGCCCGGCCUGUUCGACUCCAAGACUGAGCUCCAAUUUGUUGAAAUGGACGACAAUGACCGGCUGGAACCAUGGCAGCUCCCUGAAGGUCUUAAGAGCUCUUCAAAACUCUCGUCUUUCUCUGCCGCUGGUUGUAACAUCCAAGGGCCCCUCCCACCCUUCUUCAACGUCAGCUUGGUGGGUCUUUACCUGUCGAACAACAAUUUGUCCGGCGACAUCUCUGCGUUACAGAACUUGACUGGACUCCAACAAAUCGAACUGCAACACAACCAGUUAUCUGGCAAAAUACCCGACUUAUCCAGCCUCAAAUGGUUGGAGUAUCUCUACCUCAAUAAUAAUAACCUGACCGGUCCUAUCCCCGAAAGCCUUACAACUUUGCCCUAUCUUGUGAAGCUGGACCUUUCAAAUAAUCAGCUCGCCGGCCCUCUCCCUGCAUUUCCCAGUGGUGUGACUGUUGUGAUAUGCGGAAACCCGGGUUUCGAUCCAUGCUAGGUUUCUCCGUUGACUCGUUUGUUUGUGAUUUUUUCAUUUUGCAUGGAUCGAAACCCGGGUUCCGAGCUUUGUCCGUUGGGGCGAGCAUGUGUCUGUUUUUAAAUUACUCCCGAUAUGAAACUAAGGUUGUUAUACAUGCUAUAUAUACAUUGUGACAUAAGGAGUAUACAUGGGGGCGGUUGUGCAACCCUUUCUAUAAUGCAUCUUUACACUAUACUCCGUAUAUACUAUAUAUUGAGUUUGAAAGUGUUGCAUAUUAUUAUGCGAAGAAAUAAAAG